AUGAGCGGCCUAGCUCGAUUGGCAGCAGCUUCGAUAAGGCACGCCCAAGAACCUGCCGUCUUACACGCUUUCUUGGAAAGUCUCCUCAAUUUCUCCCAUAUUUUGACUGCGCAAUGGAAAGUGAAUGGGCUCAGCGAAAUUCCAAUGUCAGAAGAAGCAAACCUGGUUGACGAGGAUUCACUAAAAGCAACAAUUCCUGUUGUCUGGCAAAUCUUGAAGUCUAUACUUUUUGCAUCAACCUUGAUACUCCAAGAGUUGAUGUCGCGGGUUGCCGAGUCACCGGCGUUGUGCGACUCCGAGAAUGGCCCUAUGAUAGCUUCUAAGGUAUUGCACGUGUUGCGUGGAUUUUACUUUAUCACCUCAAGAUUAGGCCCCAAUGCCUUUUCUUCGUACAAUUUUGUCUAUUUUGCUGCUAUCGACAUCUUAUCUUCUUACCCCGCUCAAGCAGAGGAGUUUGUCAAGGGGAUUGUUCCUACAGAAGCCGGAAGUAUUCCUAAGAAGCUACCAGACCGUAUAUUGGACCUUUUCUUUUUGAAUACUGUUGAGCACUUUUCACUAUCCAUAUCGCAAUCGGUCAAUGAAGAAAUUGUCAUACCUGCCACAUCACCAUACCUUGCAGGUGGGCUAGAAGCCAGCUUACAUGCACACUUUGAAGCUGCCCACUCUGUCAUGCUUUCCAUUAUUAGCUCACCAUCUUCGGCAGAGCUGGGCUCUCGCAUCCUGCCUUUCUACAUCGAAUCAGCGUUCGAGGCAUUCCCGACAUCUCUCUCGGCCCGACAGUUCCGUCUGGCGUUCGGUACAAUCAUUCGGGAAUGCAGUCCACCGCAACCAAUUUCGAAACUUCAACCGCAUUUGACAGACGUAAUUCUCGAGAUUUUGUGCGAUCGUGCAGCACGGGCUUCGACCGAACCUUUGCCAAACCUGGUCGAUGAAGGUGCGGUAGGAUUGAGUGAAAAGGAUGUGUGCAUACUUGCACUGAUUGACGGACUUCCAUCAAUGCAAGUUAAUGCCAUGGAACGAUGGCUUGAACCUACAGCAGAGCUUCUGGAUAUGGUGGAGAACCCAGGAAGUAAGCUAAGGAUUCGGGAGAGAUUUUGGGACGUCUUGAGCAGCGAGCUUGAUGUGGAGAGGGCAGAGGUUGCAGUCAAGUGGUGGACGAUGGGAGGAAGGGAGAAGGUCCUUUUCGGAAAGGAGAAGCCAGAGGGCGUUGAAGGCAUCAGGAGUAUGCUGUAG